AUGUCAACAGCAAAGGUAUAUGAGAGGAAACGUAAAGGCAAACAAUUUGGCAGUGCAAUGCAGAUAAUGGAGCCUCUUAUACAGCAGGUUUGUGCUCCAGAAACUCCAGAAAAGCCUCCGCCUCUACCAGCAAGGCCACAACUGGUCUAUGUUAAAAGGUGCUCAGAACAUGAUUCAGAAAGUUUUCUGGCUAGAAUGGCAGCAGAAGAGGCUCGAGACCCGAUUUGUGCAAUUAUUACUGCCGCGACUUCAACAAGCGAGAAUGGACUUUCCAACAAUUCAGUCACGCCAGUGGAUAACUGCAAGUACUUGGACUCUGGUGCUGGUACUGGUUUUAAGAUAGAUUUGAACGAAAGUAUCUAUGACUGGGAACACAAUUCUACUGCUACUGCUCAUGGUUCUCAGACAUUAGGAGAUUCAAGUGAAGGUCUCCCUGAGGGCGGCUUUCAAUCUGAAAACCACAAUCUUUUGUCCAUUCAAGACCUGGAGGAGAGUGAUAAGUGCGGAGAACAAUGUUGGGUACUUCCUUAUGGUAAAAAACAAGAUGCAGAACAUGGUAUGAAUGAUGAGAAGCUGCCACUUGAGCCGGUAGCUAUUUCGACUCCAUUACCAAACAGAAGUGGCAGCAAAAGACCAAACAAUGGCAUUGAUCUGAACAAAAUGCGAGCGAAGAAACCCAAAAGGAAGAAACAUAGAACGAAAGUAGCUGUGGAAGGUAAACCAAAACGGACUCCUAAAAAGAUGCCAAAGCUUGCAACCCCAAAACGUAUCCAAGAGAAAAAAGAGAAGAGGAAGUAUGUUAAGAAAGAUGCAACUCCGAAUUGCAUGCGACGGAAAAAGGAGAAGAGGAAUUAUGUUAAAAAAGCUCCUUCUUCUAUCAAAAGUAGCCAAGAGAGUUCAGUAACAGAGGAUCAUAAAGAAGUUGCUGAAACAGCAAAGAUGGAAAAUCUGCCAGUUGAUGACAACAAGAUGGCUAUGGUUAGUAAUGUAAACCAUGAUUUGAAAGAUGACAAUCAAUUGGGAUUAGAUUCAAUCCAGCCUGACAUGGAUAACAAUAGUGGAGCAACAGUUUUGUUGAGUGGUGAUAACUUGGGGUUGGAAUCAAAUCAAAAUGAACUAAGAUGGAACUUUCGUACAAAGAUGUCUGCAGGAGAAUAUUGGCCGAGACCUGGUUGUCAAUAUAAUUCUUUGCAGGCUUAUAGAAGGAUUUUUAAAGAAGAGUCCUGUCUCAUUAAUAGCAGAAAGGUUGGGCCUAAUGUUCCUAUAAGAUCCAUGAAAAGAAGGACCAAGAGGAGGCGUAAAUUGAACAUGUUCAGCUCUUUAUGGUCGUCUCAUUUUAGUGGCAAUAUAAGAAAAAAGAGAUCUAAGGUGUUUACUAAAAGAGUCGAUUUCACUUUUCUCAUGGCAGGAUUCGCAGAGAAAGAGAAGGAUUUAGUGACAGCUCCUCCGGAUUAUAUACCCAUUCCUGAAGGACAAGGGUUUCAAACUCUAACAGAUGGCUGCAUUGAGGAAGGGCUUUCUCUUGAACAAGCUCUAACAACUGAAGUUAAUGGAGUUCAAGUAGUCUGUGAAGCUACAGCACAAAGCUGCUCUGAGAUGGGACCCUCUGCUGCAGAAUCAAAUUUUCAAGAUGCUGGACCAGAAGUUUUCGAAGAAGAAAGUGGUACUCUUCUUAAGACGGUUAAGCUUGCUGUAAUGGAUAAACUUGUUGAUCUACUACAGAAUUCAAGCAUCAACAACAAUGACAAUAUCAGUGACAGACGGGGUCCUGGCAGACCGAAAAGCAAACCAGAACAUAUAAUUGACGGACAAAAUGCUUUAGUUCCCUACCGGGGUCGUGGCAGAGCAAAACAUGAAGUUGAUCUAGGUCCAGAGUCAUUGAGAAUAUGGAAUCAACUAAUGAAAAUAGAUAGUGGGGUGGGUGAAGAAGAAGAAAAAGACAGAAAAACGAAGGAAUGGUGGACGAGGGAAAAGAUCACUUUCAAUGGACGAAUAGACGCAUUUACUUCUCGGUUGCAUCAGUUUCUAGGUGAUAGGAGAUUCAAACAGUGGAAAGGUUCUGUUGUGGACUCAGUGGUAGGAGUUUUCCUAACCCAAAAUGUGUCAGACAAUCUAUCGAGGUAA